GUACAGUGCAGACUUACGCUUCAGAAAGUAUAACAAAUUGAAUGUGCCAUGUCUGAACUAUCGGAGGUGAUGUGGAAGUGGAUGGAGUUACAUGAUUCAAUAUCCUCUCCCAGUGCUGAGAGAACAAACAAGAGCAGCAAGACUAUGGACAUGAAUUCACUUCAACAAGGGAAAUGUGGCCCUCGAAGUCAUUCCACGGGACCCAUCCCUGAAAACAGAAUAGAGACAAGCCAGGAAGUAAUGUCGAAAGCAGUUCAAAGCCAAUCGCCUGCAAAAACAUCAAAGACCCCAGUUUUGAACGAAAAUUACAAGAAUAAUUUGGGCUGGACUCCACUACAACAUGCAGCGUUCUCUGGACAUAUUCCUUUGAUCAAGUAUCUCCUGCACAGGCGAGCAGCCAUCAACCACAGGAGUGAGUACCAUUACACUGCAAUACACAGGGCGGCUUGGAAUGGUCACACUGACGCAGUGGACUACCUUUUACAUCGAGGAGCCCUUCUGGAGCCCAAAACUCGUUGCGGAGCCAGUCCACUCCAUUGUGCUGCAGCUAAUGGUUUUGCUACUACUUCCAAGCUGCUUCUGAAAUAUGGGGCAUCCACAGAUAUUAAAGAUAACAGGAGGUGGACACCAUUACACUGGGCCUGUGUGAACGGACACAUUGAAAUAGUUGAAUUGCUGCUAAUGGAGGGAAUAAACCUGAAUGAAAGAACUGACUAUGGCACUACAGCAUUGCAAUUAGCAGUGGAGGCUGGGAAUUUCAGAACUACUGACUAUUUACUGAAGAAAGGUGCAGAUAUAGAUGCCAAGGAUGAAAAUGAUGAAACUGCUCUACACAAAGCUGCUGCAAAUGGAAAAAUAGAGAUCUUGCAGCUGCUACUCAAAUGUAAUGCCACAGUGAAUGCUUCAGACAUAAACCAGCACACACCUCUGCACAGGGCCGUGGAGAGCGGAGUUCCUGCUGUUGAAUUGUUGUUGCAGUUUGGUGCUUCCAUUGACAGUAGGAAUGCACUACAGAUGACUGCUUUGCACCGAGCAGCUUUCCAAGGACAGGAGGCAGUAGCACGAGUCCUAAUUCAGCAUGGUGCUGACAUACACGCCCGAGACAGGAUGGAUAAGACUCCCUUGCAUCUGGCUGCAGAGAGAGGACACUGUGCUGUUGUACAAUUAUUUAUUAGCAAUGGGGCUGAUUUACAAGCCAAAACAAAGUGGAAUGAAACUGCAGCUGAUCUUGCUAAAGAACAAAACCGGGAAGAGGUACUUAAAGUACUAAGGGAUUCAUGAUGAAAUUCUGUGGAGCGGGUUCAUGAUCAACAGGAGAUGGAAAAUGUGUGAACGUCAGCCAAAUCAAAAACAAUGCACUCUUAAUUAAAGUAACUUACUCCCAGAUGGUUAAAGUGUGUCAAUUAUCCACAUGUUGACGUGGUGUAAUAACAUCCAAUAAGAAUGUUUAAGAAAAUCGAAGCAUUAGUUACUGAUAGUUGUUCUCCAUGCCUAUAUUUUUUCUUUAUGAAUUUUCUGCAUUAAACU